GUACAGGCUUUGUGAAAUACGUGGAACCGAAACACUAUAAAACAUGGAACAUUUACAACGACCGCACACAAAUAUAAAAGACUAACACGCGAUAGCAGUAUUGUAACUGAGAAAUAUCAUAUAUAAAAGAAACAAAAUGGGAGCAUUAAUAGCUAAGCUUGCUGAUGUGAUGCAGAGUUUCUCAAGUGGAACCCCAUCCCGGAUACUGAUGCUGGGGCUGGAUGCGGCAGGUAAAACAACGAUCCUGUAUAAAGUCAAACUAAACGAGCAAGUGUCUACAAUCCCGACGAUCGGAUUUAACGUAGAGGAGGUGUCCCCGUGUAAGGGUGUAUCCUUCACUGUGUGGGAUGUCGGCGGUCAGGACAAGAUCCGUCCGCUCUGGAAAGUCUACUUCCAAAAUACAGAAGGUCUAAUGUUUGUCGUAGACAGCAAUGACAGAGAGAGGAUCGAUGAAGCCCGAGAGGAACUGUUCGGUAUUUUAGAUAAUGAUGAGAUGAGAGGGGUACCGGUUGUUGUGUUUGCAAACAAACAAGAUCUACCACACGCCAUGAACACGGCAGAGGUAGCGGACAGGAUGUGUUUGGGGAAACUGACUGGACGGAAGUGGUUCGUUCAAGGAGCAUGCGCGAGAAAUGGUGAUGGCUUAUUUGAAGGCAUGCAAGAGAUGGCCAGACUUACGAAAGAAAACAAAAAGAAUUACAGAUGACACAUCUCCAUUUAAAGACCUUUCCUUACGGUUAACAAGGACAUUCAAGCCAAGUUGAAGAUACCAUACUGCUGUGUAAAUUCUCAUCUGCUGAUAAUGAGGUCGUAGAGUGGCACACGAGUUUUGACGUCUGGCUUGAGGAUUGCCAUAUUCAAUGCUUAUGAAGUGUCCGAUAUGUACAAUGUGAACAAUAGGCUAACGAUCCUUCGCCGUUAAUAUGUUUAUUUAUUUAUGUGUUUCUUAAGAUACUUUCUAAAAUGGAUGAUCAUUAAGCAUCUUCACGAUUUUAACAUUUUGCAUGAGAUCUUAAAGAUCUCUCAGUGAAGAACAGUGGUUAUUUUGUAUUUUCAUAUGGAGGCUAAGAUAUUGCAUCGUCUUGUUGUCGUGUUCACGGUUAAGACACUUUACCCCAAUGCUCUGGAUAGCAUCCAACAGGCACCAGUAAGUUCUUUUCAGUGAGGUAGCCACCAACUACUACAAAUAGUCUUCGCUUCCAAAUUACCAUCGUUGUACCUAGCAACAAACAAUUUGUUUGUGAUCCUAACGGUUUCACAUAGUUAGGGUAUUUUAUAUUUUCAUAAAAAAUGAAUUGUUUUAUAUUUUGUGCUCUGUGAUGAUAAUUUUUA